AUGCACGGGCGCGGUGGUGGUGGUGGACGUUCGUCACGUCGUUCGGCCGCCUCGGCCAACGUCGACACCACCAAACUCUACGAAACGCUAGGUGUGGACAAGAGCGCGACGGCACAAGAAAUCAAAAAGGCCUACCGCAAACUUGCCGUCAAACACCAUCCCGACAAGGGCGGGGACGAACAUUAUUUCAAAGAAAUCAACGCCGCGUACGAAAUCCUGAGCGAUUCCGAGAUGCGGACCAAAUACGACAAGUAUGGUCUGGAAGGUCUCGAAGAAGGCGGCGGGAGCGGCGGGGCAGCCUCCGAAGAUCUGUUUAGUAUGUUCUUUGGGGGAAGAGGAGGUCGUCGAAGUGCCGGACCCCGACGUGGCGAGGAUGUCAAUCAUCCGGUCAAGGUAUCGUUGGAGGACCUGUACAACGGCAAAACAGUCAAGCUAGCCGUCAAUCGUCAAGUUCUGGUUGGAGAAGCCCGCGUAUGUACCUCCUGUGACGGCCACGGGAUGGUAAUGGAACUGCGACAGAUUGCUCUAGGCAUGGUGCAACAGAUUCAGCGCGCGUGUCCAGACUGCGAAGGCGAAGGCUACCAGUGCCAGAAGAAAAAGGAACGAAAAGUUUUGGAAGUGUUGAUUGAAAAAGGAAUGCAAAACAAACAAAAGGUUGUAUUCCAGGGAAUGGCCGACGAGAAACCAAACAUGGAAGCAGGCAAUGUCAACUUUAUUGUACAAGAAAAAGAUCACGAGCUCUUCAAGAGAAAGGGUGCUGAUUUGCUCAUUUCCAAGACCCUGUCGCUCAAGGAGGCACUGUGUGGAUUUGCAUGGAAGGUAAUGCACUUGGACGGCCGUGAAGUCAUCAUCAAGUCAAAGCCAGGAGAAGUCAUUCAAGCUGAAGCCGCUGGAGGUCGUCCGUUUGUCAAAUGCGUCCCCAACGAGGGCAUGCCGAGUCACGGGAAUCCCUUUGUGAAAGGGAAUCUGUACGUGUUAUUCACGGUACAAUUUCCGAAAGAUGGAGAGAUCCAACCUGCGGAUGUAAAGCAGCUCAGACGGUUUUUGCCGGGAUCGGCCAUGGAAUGUGACUACGACGAAGACACUGCCGAAGUUGUCCAUCUGGAAAACGCCGACGUGCGUAGCUUCGGUAAAGGAGGGGUGCAAAAUCAAGACGCAGCUUACGAUUCUGACGGGGAACAAGCUAGUCCGCAAUGCCAACAGUCUUAA